GACGAAGUCGUUUGUUCUCGAUGCUGCCAACUUUCUUGCGAAUGGCCAGUUUUUUGGGGAUUGCAAACGAUCUAAAUUACAGGAAGGCGUUGUUUUACUUCCCAAGCAGCGCACAAGGGGAGCCGGGUUUGCAACCUGAAGAUGGCUGGAGCUGGAGGAGUGGAUAUGCCACUUAUGCCACGGCGGCAGGCUGAAGACACAACCUCACUCAUCGAGAAACAAGUGAGUCAGAGGUCUUGGAUUGAGAAGGUGUUCCUGAAGCGGGAGUGCAUAAGGUUCAUCGCCAGUACUCGAGACGCCACAAAAUGUUGCUGUGGUCGGGGCGAAGCAUGGCAUUGCACCUUUUUACCCUCACCAAUCCAUGGAAGCACCACGAAGCUGGAUGAGAAGUGGCACCCCAAUAAACACACUGAGGCCAAACCCACAGAUGCUUAUGGCACGAUUGAGUUCCAAGGGGCGCCACACCCCAGUAAAGCUCAGUACAUGCGGUUGAGCAGCCUGGACACUAAGCCUGAGUUUGUGUUACAACUGCUACAGAAACAGUGGGGUCUGGAGCUGCCCAAGCUUCUCAUUACAGUCCAUGGAGGCAUUUCCAACUUUGAACUCCAACCCAAGUUAAAGAGGGUGUUCAGAAAGGGUCUUUUGAAAGCAGCAAAAACGACGGGAGCGUGGAUUUUUACUGCAGGCACCAAUACAGGUGUGACACAUCAUGUUGGUGAUGCAAUCAGUGACAGAACAACGAAGACCAGAAACAAAGUUGUGGCCAUUGGGAUUGCACCCUGGGGGGUGGUGGAGAAUCGAGAGGAUCUGAUUGGUCGAGAUGUGGUUGUACCUUACCAUUGUGUUUCAUCGCCCAAAUCAAACUAUGCAGUUCUCAACAGCAAUCAUUCCUAUUUUCUAUUGGUCGAUAAUGGAACUGUUGGCAAAUAUGGUGGAGAGAUUUUGUUUCGUAAGAAGAUGGAGAAAUUUAUUUCACAUCAAAAGAUAUGCAUCAGCAGUGGAGUGAAGGGCCGUGGGGUGCCUGUCAUCUGUGUGGUUUUGGAGGGAGGUACAAACACCAUCCGGUCUGUCCUAGAUUACGUCACGGACUCCCCUCCCGUCCCUGUUGUUGUCUGUGAUGGAAGUGGACGAGCCGCGGAUCUUCUUGCCUUCUCACAUAAAUAUACAAAUGAUGAUGGCACCAUGCCAGAGAGUCUACGAGAUCAGCUCAUCCUGACAAUACAGAAAACGUUUCAGUACACAUUGGAACAAGCAGAGAAACUGUUCAUUGAGCUUAUGCUGUGUGUCAAGAAGAAGGAAUUGAUAACUGUCUUCAGAAUGGGAGAGGAAAACCAGGACAUAGAUUUGGCGAUAUUGACAGCUUUGCUGAAAGGAACCAACACAAGUGCCCCAGACCAGCUGAGCUUGGCCUUGACCUGGGACCGUGUGGACAUUGCUCGUAGCCAUAUCUUUGUGUAUGGACAGGAGUGGCCAGAGGGAUCCCUUGAGCAGGCCAUGAUGGAUGCUUUGAUCAAUGACAGGGUGGAUUUUGUCAAAUUGUUACUAGAAAAUGGCGUUAGUAUGCAUACAUUCUUAACCAUUCCAAGGCUAGAGGAGCUCUACAACACUAAACAAGGUCCAUCAAACACAUUACGGUACUUAGUUCGAGAUCUCAGGAAGAGUGUUCCAUCUCAGUAUCGUUACACACUGCCAGAUUUGGGAAUGGUCACUCAGCACCUGAUGGGCGGAGCAUUCCGCUCCAUGUACUGUCGGCGACGCUUUAGACAGAAGUACAACGCAAUAAAACAGAACCAGAGUGACUGUGAGGGUUUGUCCGUGGGCAACGUGGUGACGACAGUACCCAAUUUGGUGAACCUGAAGCAAGCUGAGGAGUUGUUCCCAUAUCCAUUCCACGACCUGAUGAUAUGGGCAGUCCUGAUGAAGCGACAGAAAAUGGCGUUGUUCAUGUGGCAGCACGGGGAAGAGGCUAUGGCCAAGGCUCUAAUGGCAUGUAAGUUAUACAAGGCCAUGGCUCAUGUUGCUGACCAAGAUGACCUGGAAGUGGACAUCUCGGAUGAGCUGAGGCGCUAUGCAAAAGAGUUCCAAAUUCUUGCCCUUGAGCUGUUGGAACAUUGUUACAAGAUAGACGAUGAUUACACACAGCAGUUGCUGACAUAUGAACUGAAGAACUUCAGCGACCAGACCUGCCUCAGUUUGGCUGUAGCUGCUUACCAUCGGGAGUUCAUCGCUCACACAUGCUGCCAGAUACUACUCACAGACAUGUGGAUGGGAGGGCUUUUGAUGAGGAAAAGUACCAGUCUGAAGGUCAUCCUCUGUAUCCUCUUCCCACCUUACAUCCAAGCCCUGGAGUUCAAGAGUAAAGAGGAGCUCCAGUUGAUGCCUCAGACAAUGGAAGAACAUCUGGAUGACCUUGAGGACGCAGCAGACAAUGCUGACAGAAUCUCUCUCAACUCCUUCAACGAAGAACAAGUGAUCGAGAACGAGUUUGGGGAUGAGAUUGAUGCUGCCAGCAUUGCGUCGGAGAAAACCAAUCAGCCAGAGGACAGCUCUGUGAAUGCCGACUUGGGAAACUUUCCCAGCCAUGCCAACAAGAAGAAGAAAAGUCCCCUGCGAUUGGGAAAGAAGAUUUAUGAGUUUUAUAACGCACCCAUUACCAAGUUCUGGGCACAUACGAUGGCCUACAUUGCCUUCCUGGCCACGUUCACCUAUGUCGUGUUGGUGAAGACACUUCCCAAUCCCCGCGUCCAAGAGUAUUAUGUAAUGGCUUACAUCAUGACUGCUGCUAUCGAGAAAGUCAGAGAGAUCAUAGCUUCAGAGCCAGCAGGGUUGUGGGUGAAGUUGACAGUGUAUUUCAACGAGAUUUGGAACGUCUGGGAUUGUGCAGCGAUAUUGAUCUUCCUGGUGGCCUUGUGCUUGAGGAUGGAUGAGGAUUCGAGGAUGGCCGCACGAGUCCUCUACACCAUUGACAUCGUCUUCUGGUACAUCCGCAUCCUUGAAAUCCUCAGUGUCAACAAGAACCUUGGUCCUUAUGUCAAGAUUAUUGGCAAAUUGGUGGUGGACAUGUCAUACUACAUCAUUAUCCUGCUCAUUGUUCUAAUGAGCUUUGGAAUAGUGCGCCAGUCCAUCCAUUUCCCCAACGAAGAGCCAUCAUGGCGGAUUGUCAGGAACAUGUUCUUCUACCCUUACUGGAUGAUAUAUGGAGAGCUGUUCGCAGAUGAAAUUGAUCCCUGUGAAGACACAGAGUCCGACUCUUGUGUAUAUGGAUCUUGGGUGUCCCCAGCUCUAAUGACCAUGUACCUUCUAGUGGCCAACAUACUUAUGGUCAACUUACUCAUCGCUAGAUUCAAUGCAACUUUCCUGAGAAACAAUGCAAUGUCUCGAGAGAUUUGGAAGUUCCAGCGCUAUCAUUUGAUCAUUGAGUAUGAAAUGAAGCCAAUCCUGCCUCCCCCGUUGAUUGUGUUUAGUCAUCUUUAUCUAGCUGCCAAGUACAUCAAACGUCGAUGUAAGGGCAAGAGGGACUACUUCGACAAUGGCCUUAAACUGUUUUUGUCUCACGAAGACAAAGAGAAACUGCACGAUUUUGAGGAGGAGUGUAUGGUAGAUUAUUUCAGGGAGAAAGAGAACAAGUUCCAGUCAUCCUCUGAUGAGAGAAUACGUGUCACAAAUGAAAGGAUUGAAAACAUGACCAUGCGUAUGGAUGACAUGAAUCAGAAGGAAAAUUGCAUUAAGCUGUCUCUACAGGGAAUGGACUACCGCUUGUCCAAGCUGGAGGAGGUGGCCAUUCAGACCUCCAGCACCCUGAGUCUAGUGUACGAGUUCAUGAACCGACACAUGACUCAACCUACCAGUAUGGUAUCUGUUCCCAGCCAUGAGUCUUUGUUGUCCACAGAGGAGGGUCUGAAGGUGGAGACAAGUCACACGAUUCCCAUCAAAGAAACGUCGUCUUCAGUGAUUGUGAGCUCCGGAGAAGAGACCAUAUUCCCUAUGAACGCCGAAGAUCAUGUCCCUGAUGACUCCCUAAAGAGCAUCCCUACCCCAUCUCUGGUUCACUCCAAGCGCCCUGUCAAGCAGAAAUGCCUGAAGAUGUUUACUGAUUACAGUAAAACAUACCUCUCCAGGCCUUCUCCUCUGGGCCAGCUCCAACGUUCCUACAGUCAGAGGACCCCACGCAGUUCCAGAACGCGUUUGUCUCGCGCUCAUCGGAGACGCAGCGACUCGGAGACAAUGGCAUGCAGGAGAACGCAAUCUGCCAGAAAUGACUUUGGCCAGCACGUUAGUCUGUCAGCUGGGGAAGCUCCCAUGUCUCACCGUUCUGGUUCCAGAAGUUCAACGUCCCAUAGUUCAGCUUCCAUUCCUCGAGUGUCUAGCACAGGACUUCACCACCCUGUGCCAAUCAGUCCAGGUCUGUUACAGAGGAGGCAAGGAAAAACCUCUCGGCUUAGGCUAAACAUUUACAAGGCUGUAGACGAAUCCAGCAGUAGUGAUGAAAAUAUCCCUGCAAAAGUUAGUUGUAGCUCGGGCUCUCACUCCAGCCAGGGGAAACAACCUUCACCAUCCGUGUUUCGGCGACUAACUGCUCGAACAAGCAGCAAGGACCAACCGCCCACAUCGUUAACGCUGGGAGACCCAGACAAGCCAAAGGAGGACUGUCCCAACGUGGGCAGAGAAAAUCUGAAUUCUCCAGUCCUCAUACGUUCAGAUCCCAUACCUAUCGCCAAUGCCGUUAUGGGAAAUGACUUUCACAACCCACCUAUCCAACUACCGAUGUCUCCAGUGGCAGAGAUUUCAGGAGUUCCUUAUUCCACCCCGGUCUCCCAUAGCCGCGUAGAUGAGAUGUGGAUCCCUUCGGCCAUGGUCAGGCCUCCAAUGACCCCCAUUCUGACGCCCAUGAGGGCUGAGUACACUAGCAUCACAGACGACAUCGACACGUCUUGCAUGAUGGACAUCAGUCCGAACGGAAGCCCGCAGACUCCUCGAGGGCGUUACAUGGACUCCAUGAAGGAGGAUGAGGACGGACAGAAUGUCUCCAAACUGGACGCGUUCCUCAACGAACAGGCAAUCCUGAAGAAAGCGGAGGAGCGGGAAUGCCGGAAGAUGGAGAGAGUGAUCCGCCAUCGACUGAGGCAAAUCUCGCUGGAUGACAGCGAUAGCAUCAGCAAUAUCGCCAAGCUGGUCGUUUCUGAGAUGAAUUUGACAGAUAUUAAAACACUGGAAGAUGAAGGUAAUGACGAAGAGGAGGAUGACGAGAUGGAAGAGGACAUCCGUGAUCAGAGCACAAGCGUACAGGAGGACCGUCUUAUGGCUGACGCCAUUGAGAUUCGGGUAUCGCACACCUCUCUAGAUAAGGAAGGUUUGGUGUAGAUUGUUAAUUUGAUAGCAACCUUUGUAGAGCUGUAUCUGUGAUCACACCUGACGUCCCUCCUUCCAUGCACCUUAACGACAUGCAAUCAACUACAAAGCAAUACUAGCACGUUUGUCAGUACGCGAGUAGGUGUUAGGUAUGUGCGUAAAUUGGGUGAAUGUCGUUGAAGCCACUUAUUAAGCAUAUCUGCAUUUUUUUUUAUCAAGGACAGUCAGGUUGACUGCUGAUUUAUGUGGUCUCAUGAGAUUUUUAAUACAAGAUGAAAAAUACAUUUGCCAUUUAACCAGUUUCGCCACGGUAAUUUAUCGCAGAAGAGAAACAGUUAAUUUAUUGUUUGUUGAUAUCUUCACAGUCACAAUGUUGAUUUUAUGAUUCCUGAUGAAUUUGUUUUCCAACAAUGUGCCAUCAACAUUUAUAAUGUAUUACAUUGUGUGCAAUAUCACGAGAGAUUAGGUAAGAAGUGCAUAUAGCACAGAGAUACAACGCUAAACAUGUCGUAGUGAAUUGAUUUAUGUAUUCGUCAUCUUCAGUUUGUGACUCCAAUGCUUUUUGUUCUUAUCAGUCGAUUUUAAUAUUUUCUUUUCGUGAAUGUCAAAAAGGUUUACAUGAAAUAUUUGGCCGUAACAGCUCUCUUGACGGAAUUUGUUUGCGUUUUUCACUGAAUGAAGUCACUUACAGGCGUGUUUGGUGUUUUGUUUAUAUGCAUACAUAAAUUGCCUUAGGCCAAACUGAUUGUCGUUUUAUGACUGAAAUACUCGUGAAGGUAUAGCCAAAUUAAAGUGUGUCAAGAAGUCAUUGCUUUGUAGAACUGAUGCUGACAUUGACUGAAUACGGAGGUCUAUGAAUUUCUGAACAAUCCUUCUGAUUUUACAACUGAA